AGUUUAUCACAGACAUCACCCGGGAGAAGGCGGAACACCACACACACACACAAUGAAUCGUAUAAACAAAAAGCUCUGGAAGCAACUGGACCCACACAUCCCUCAAAAUAUCGCGCACUUGCUCUGUUUCAAAACGCCCCCCGGCCUCCGUAUAAAUACCCCCAGUCUGCUCCCGCCACUCGCCUCGCACAAACGCAUCGAGCGCACACACACAGCUCAGACAAACCAGAGAGCAUCCGAUUUCUUGCAAAAAUCAGCUUUCCGUCCGUCGAUCGGUGCAUCACGCAAGUCCAGACGCAGACGCAGCUGAUCAAGGCGUUACCGGCAAUGGGCGAGCUGAUCCCUGGGUUGCCGGAGGAGGUGGCGCGGGAGUGCCUCGUCCGGGUGGGCUUCGACCAGCUGCCCGUGGUGCGCCGCAUCUCGCGCCAGUGGAAGUCGGAGGUAGAGUCGCCGGAGUACCACCGCCUGCGCCGGGCCGAGGGGCUGGCGCGCCCGGUGCUCGCGCUGGUGCAGGCCCGCCCGGCGGCGGCAGCUGGCGACGCGGGCCCGGCGGCGGACAAGCAACACUCGUCGGCGGCGGCGGCCUCGGGUGGCCCCGCGAACUCGUACCGGAUGGUGCUGCUGGACCCGGUGGAGGGCCGGUGGGCGCCGCUGCCGGCGCCGCCCGGGCCAGCGGGGAGCCUGCCCCUGUUCUGCCAGGUGGCCGCCGUGGGCGGCGCCGGGCAGGGGCGGAAGCGGCUGGUGGUCGUCGGGGGGUGGGACCCGGAGACGUGGGCGCCGGUGGACGCGGUGCUCGUGUACGACUUCCUGACCGGCGCGUGGCGCCACGGCGCGCCGAUGCCGGGCCCCCGCCGAUCCUUCUUCGCUUGCGCGGCCGUCGGCGGGGCCGUGUACGUGGCCGGCGGCCAUGACGAGGAGAAGAACGCGCUGCGGUCGGCGCUGGCGUACGACCCGGAGCGCGACGCGUGGGCGGCGCUCCCGGACAUGGCGGAGGAGCGCGACGAGCCGCGAGGGCUCUGCGUCGGCGGCAAGUUCGUCGUCGCCGGCGGGUACCCGACGCAGGCGCAGGGCCGGUUCGUCGGCUCCGCGGAGGCCUUCGACCCGGCGGCGUCGGCCUGGGCGCCCGUCCGGGACGGCCUGCUCGAGGACGGCGCGUGCCCGAGGACCUGCUGCGCGGCGCCGGGGGCGGCGGGGCGCCUGUACAUGCUCCGCGACGGGCACCUCGUGGCGCGCGACGCCGCGCCGGGCGCGGCGUGGCGGCCGGUGGCGCAGGUGCCCGAGGACGCGCGCACCGCAGCGACCGUCUCCGCCAUCCCCGGGGGGCGCGUGGUGGUGAUCGGCUCCGGGUGCCACGGCGGGGACCAGGCCGUGUACGUGCUCCGCGAGGAGGCCGGGAAGGGCGCGUCCUGGGAGCGCGCGGCGGCGCCGCCCGAGUUCGCCGGGCACGUGCAGGCCUCCUGCUGCCUCGAAAUCUGAUGAAGUGUACAUAGUAGAAUGCAGAACGGAUCUGCCUAUACGUCUGCACAUACCUACGUACACUCUGCAACUACGUCUCACUGUUGUGUACAGAAACAACAUCAAGCAAAGCAGAGUAGCGAGGGAAGGGGAACAAAGCUUAAGAACAGUACAAAUGUUUGAGAAACCGGUGAAAUAUCAAUGGCAGUUUCGAAUGUUUCGUUCAAUCAAAUUUUGUUCAGUUGGAAUUUC